AACUUAAACAGCAUAAGUCGCCUGAUUUUUUUUAACUAACCAGAAGAGGCGCCAUUUUAGCGAAUUACGUCAUAUACAUUUCCGGAUUUGGACAGGAAGUAGUUGAAUAUUGAACUGUUUGGAGGAGCUCGGCAGAAAAUGAACACUCGUGGUCUUCGCUCUCAGCUGAAAGACAGUGUCCCGGUAGCGGGGCUUUGUCCACAGGCAGGAUCUUAUGGCGUUCCUGAUACCCUGCGCAGGGGAUUUUCCAGUGUCAAAAACGAGCUUCUCCCUUCUCAUCCUUUAGAACUCUCUGAGAAAAAUUUCCAGCUUAACCAGGAUAAAAUGAACUUUUCCACAUUAAGGAACAUCCAAGGACUUCAUGCACCCCUGAAACUCCAGAUGGAAUACAGAGCAGCCAGACAGAUUCAACGUUUGCCUUUUCUGCCGAGCUCCAACCUGGCCCUGGAUACACUCAGGGGUGCUGAUGAGUCCAUUGGAUUUGAGGACAUCCUUAAUGAUCCUGCACAGUGUGAGCUGAUGGGCGAGCCUCACAUUAUGACAGAGUACAAACUCGGUCUGUUGUGAGUGCACAGUCCAGCAUGCUUUAGGUUUUUAUUAGAAACAGAACAAACUCUUUGAAUGUUUUGACCAGUUGUUUUUUUUUCUGUUUGUAAUAAAAAGUUCAAGCAAUUUAA